AUGGCGCUGGGCGCCACCGUUGGCGCAGGUUGGUCCUUGCAGGCCUUCUUGGCGCCGACCACCGGAGCGUCACCAGUGACGCCCACCCCCAUGCUGCGUGGUGCAGCCGCGGGUGCGUCGGCAGAGGGACGCCCGGUCGGGGAGGUCGCAGCGGCCGCGGUCUGCACAGCAGCCCUGGCCUUGGCGCACCAGCGCAGGACCAGCAAGCUGGCGCGCAAGGCGGAGGAGAAGCCCUUUGCAGGUGGCCUGAUUGGUGGCGAGUCCGCCUUCUCGGGGCAGGCCUUCAACUUCGACCCCCUGGGGCUCUCCGUGAAGUGCGAGAAGUACCUCCCAUGGUUCCGCGAGGCGGAGCUGAAGCACGGGCGCAUUGCCAUGUUGGCCUGGGUCGGCUUGGUGGUGCCGGAGUUCGUCCGCAUUCCAGGCCCUGACGCGUGCUAUGGUGCAAAGAAUGUGGUCGAAGCGCACAACGCCUGCGCUGGCGAUCCCUACUUCCCCUUUGUCAUCAACUCCACUGACUUCUACGGCACCAGCGGCCACCAGGUGGGCCCUCUCUUCCAGGUCUUCGCCUUCUGCGGGCUGGUGGAGAUGCUGACGACCUUCGCAAAGACCAGCAACAUCUCCAACAAGCCUGGGCUGACCCUUGAGAAUGCAGGAGAUUACCGCCUGGGUUUGAACUUCCUCCCCAAAGAGCCUGAGAAGAUCAAGGAGAUGAAGUUAAAGGAGUUGAAGAACGGGCGCCUGGCGAUGUUGGCCUUCGGUGGAGCCAUCACUCAGGCCACGCUGACUGGCAACGGAUUCCCUUGGCUCUAUGCUCAGAAGGAGUCUCAGACAUCCACCUUCGGAGCCUCCGUGCCCAGCACCCGUCCGCGCGCGAUGCUCGGAGGCGAGCAGGUGCCAGCAGCUGGCCACGCCAAGGGAGAGAUCUUGCGCAGCAGCGAUGACGGAAUUGCAGGCAUCAAACAGGCCUAUGAUCUGCCCUCAAAGAGCAAGAAUCACUUCGCAGAGGUCACGACAACCAACCAAGACCUCAUGAAGCACCCGAAGGUCUUCACUUUGAGCGCCAAGACGCGGGAGCUGCGCACCGCGCUGGCCGAGCCCAGCGGCGACUUCGGGCGCGCGGGGCGGUCCAGCUGGCACUACAACAUUGCGCGCCCGCUGGGACGCAAGGUGAAGCUGCACCAGAUCCCCUCCGCGAAGUUCGAUGGCAGCUUUCUGCACUCGGACUUCACACAAACGCGACACAUCGCUCCUUCCGGGCGCGCGCCCGGUGCCGAGGUCUUGUCGGUGCUGCCCGAGGUGGGCGGCUCGCGGCCGCGCAGCCAGUGCACCGGCUCACGGCAUUCGAGCAUGGCGAGCACCACGCCGCGGCGGGCGAGGGUCGAGUUUGAGACGAUCUUCAAUCGCACCAAGCUGCAGGCGGAGUCCAAGGGCUACAAGAUGAGUGCAGCCGUGCCCUUCUUGCCCAUGUCUCCUGCCCUGGAAGGCCUGCCAGGCGAGGAGGAGGGCUUCGAUCCCAUGGGCUUCUCGUUGGCCAUCGACAUCCGUUGGCUCCGGGAGGCGGAGCUGAAGCACGGCCGUGUGGCGAUGCUGGCCACCGUGGGCUGGAUCGCCACGGAUCUGGGCUUGCGAGUGCCGGGCGAGCCCUUCCAGGUUUCGACCAUCGAGGCUCAUGAUGCCAUGGUGAAGUUUGGCUCCAUGCCGCAGAUCCUGGUGUGGCUGGGAUACUUGGAGCUCUUUGGCUUUUUGGCCAUCAUCAACAUGCAGGAGGGCAAGACCGACCGAAAGCCGGGCGACUUCGGGCUGCGGGGCUUCUACCCCGCCGAUGCGAAGGGCCAGUACGACAUGCAGGUGAAGGAGCUCCGAAACGGGCGCCUCGCCAUGUUGGCCUUCUCAGGCAUCGUCACCGUCGGAGUGCUCACCCAGGAGAAGUGGCCCUUCUUCAACGCUGUGGUGAACGCGGUGUCCUCGCCGUCUAAGACGAUCUCCUCGAAGUCCUCCUUCUGUGGCGCAGCAGCACUCUCGGCCCGCAGCAACACCGUGGCCUGUCAGGCAGCCACCAGCAAGAGCAUGCCGUUCCUGCCAAAGCCUCAGAACCUGGGCGGCCUGGUCGGUGGCGAGGCGGAGUUCGACCCUCUGGGCUUCUCCGACACCUUCGACGUGAAGUGGCUCCGCGAGAGCGAGUUGAAGCACGGGCGCGUUUGCAUGUUGGCGACGAUUGGCUUCGUCGCCGAGCAGUAUUGGAACUUCCCAGGCUGCCCUGAGACGCCAGAUGCCUUGCAGGCCAUCUACACUGCGCCACCCAACCUCACAGCGUUGCUGAUCUUCAUCGCCGGGUACAUCGAGAGCUCCUCCUACGAUGGCAAGCUGACAAUGCUGGACAUGUUCGAGGGCGAGGGCGCAAAGAGGGCACCGGGUGAUUUGAACUUCGGGAAGCGCUUCUUGCCUGGGGACAAGGAAAAGGCUGACGAGCUGGCCACCAAGGAGCUCAACAACGGUCGCUUGGCCAUGCUGGCCUUCGCAGGAAUGAUUCACCACAACCUGGUGGUGAAGGGUCCGCUCUUCCCUCUCUUCCCCGAGGGCUGGCAGGGACCGCAGGGCUCCUGGGAUUUGGACAGCACGGCGGGCGCGCUGAACAGCGGUAGUCUGGGAUUGUGA